UCUGUACAAGGAGGCCAUGAUGGAGGAGCACCAGCCUCUUAUAUCACAAGAAAAUCCCAGUAAGAAAUAUGAAAAUGUCAUGUUACCACUAGAUGAAGAGAUCCUGCAGCGCUCUUCAGGAGAAAACCUAAUUACCCUUAAUGUACAUCCAGGAAUUCACAGUACAGAUCUGUCAUAUAAUCCUCCUAAUUAUGAGGAACCUUCUCCUGACCAAUCACAGAUUGUUACCGCAAGUACAAGUCAGAAAAGGAUUAAAAGGUUUCAUUGUGGUAAAGAAUCCACAAACAUCUCAGGACUUUCUACAUACCGAAGACAUCACACAGGAGAGAAAAUGUAUUCAUGUUCAGAAUGUGGGAAAUGUUUUACACAGAAAUCAAAUCUUGUUAAACAUGAGAGAAUUCACACUGGGGGAAAGCCGUAUUCAUGUUCAGAAUGUGGGAAAUGUUUUACAGAUAAAUCAAAUCUUGUUAGACAUGAGAGAUGUCACACAGGAGAGAAGCCGUAUUCGUGUUCAGAAUGUGGGAAAUGUUUUAGACAAAAAUCCAAUCUUGAUGACCAUGAGAGAAUUCACACUGGGGAAAAGCCGUAUUCAUGUUCAGAAUGUGGGAAAUGUUUUACACAGAAAUCAGAUCUUGUUAUUCAUGAAAGACGUCACACAGGAGAGAAGCCAUUUUCAUGUUCAGAAUGUGGGAGAUGUUUUAUACAGAAAUCCAAUCUUGUUUACCAUGAGAGAAUUCACACUGGGGAAAAGCCAUAUUCAUGUUCAGAAUGUGGGAAAUGUUUUACACAGAAAUCUGAUCUUGUUAAACAUGAAAGAUGUCACACAGGAGAGAAGCCAUAUUCAUGUUCAGAAUGUGGGAAAUUUUUUACACGGAAAUCAUAUCUUUUUAUACAUGAGAGAUGUCACACAGGAGAGAAACCAUAUUCAUGUUCAGAAUGUGGGAAGUGUUUCAAACAGAAAUCAGAUCUUGUUAAACAUGAAAGACGUCACACAGGAGAGAAGCCAUAUUCGUGUUCAGAAUGUGGGAAACGUUUUUCAGAAAAAUCAAGACUUUCCACUCACCAAAGACAUCACAAAGGAGAGAAAAUGUAUUCAUGUUCAGAAUGUGGGAAAUGUUUUAGACGAAAAUCACAUCAUGUUUUACAUGAGAGAAUUCACACUGGGGAAAAGCCGUAUUCAUGUUCAGAAUGUGGGAAAUGUUUCACACAGAAAUCAAAUCUUGUUAUACAUGAGAGACGUCACACAGGAGAGAAAGCAUAUACAUGUUCAGAAUGUGGGAAAUCUUUUAAACAGAAAUCAUAUCUUGUUAGACAUGAAAGACGCCACACAGGAGAGAAGCCAUAUUCAUGUUCAGAAUGUGGAAAAUAUUUUACACAGAAAUCAUAUCUUGUUAUACAUGAGAGAAGUCACACAGGAGAAAAGCCGUAUUCAUGUUCAGAAUGUGGGAAAUGUUUCACACAGAAAUCAAAUCUUGUUAUACAUGAGAGAUGUCACACAGGAGAGAAAGCAUAUACAUGUUCAGAAUGUGGGAAAUCUUUUAAACAGAAAUUAGAUCUUGUUAGACAUGAAAGACGCCACAUAGGAGAGAAGCCAUAUUCAUGUUCAGAAUGUGGGAAAUAUUUUACACGGAAAUCAUUACUUGUUAUACAUGAGAGAAGUCACACAGGAGAGAAGCCGUAUUCAUGUUCAGAAUGUGGGAAAUGUUUCACACAGAAAUCAAAUCUUGUUAUACAUGAGAGACGUCACGCAGGAGAGAAAGCAUAUACAUGUUCAGAAUGUGGGAAAUGUUUUACAGAGAAAUCCAAUCUUGUUAUACAUGAGAGAAGUCACACAGGAGAGAAGCCAUAUUCAUGUUCAGAAUGUGGGAAAUGUUUUACACAGAAAUCAAAUCUUGUUAUACAUGAGAGAAGUCACACAGGAGAGAAGCCGUAUUCAUGUUCAGAAUGUGGGAAAUGUUUCACACAGAAAUCAAAUCUUGUUAUACAUGAGAGAAGUCACACAGGAGAGAAAGCAUAUACAUGUUCAGAAUGUGGGAAAUGUUUUAAACAGAAAUCAGAUCUUACCACAACAAUGAGAAUUCACACUGGGGAAAAGCCGUAUUCAUGUUCAGAAUGUGGGAAAUGUUUCACACAGAAAUCAAAUCUUGUUAUACAUGAGAGACGUCACACAGGAGAGAAAGCAUAUACAUGUUCAGAAUGUGGGAAAUCUUUUAAACAGAAAUCAUAUCUUGUUAGACAUGAAAGACGCCACACAGGAGAGAAGCCAUAUUCAUGUUCAGAAUGUGGAAAAUAUUUUACACAGAAAUCAUAUCUUGUUAUACAUGAGAGAAGUCACACAGGAGAAAAGCCGUAUUCAUGUUCAGAAUGUGGGAAAUGUUUCACACAGAAAUCAAACCUUAAAUUAGAUCUUGUUAGACAUGAAAGACGCCACAUAGGAGAGAAGCCAUAUUCAUGUUCAGAAUGUGGGAAAUAUUUUACACGGAAAUCAUUACUUGUUAUACAUGAGAGAAGUCACACAGGAGAGAAGCCAUAUUCAUGUUCAGAAUGUGGGAAAUGUUUCACACAGAAAUCAAAUCUUGUUAUACAUGAGAGACGUCACACAGGAGAGAAAGCAUAUACAUGUUCAGAAUGUGGGAAAUCUUUUAAACAGAAAUCAUAUCUUGUUAGACAUGAAAGACGCCACACAGGAGAGAAGCCAUAUUCAUGUUCAGAAUGUGGAAAAUAUUUUACACAGAAAUCAUAUCUUGUUAUACAUGAGAGAAGUCACACAGGAGAAAAGCCGUAUUCAUGUUCAGAAUGUGGGAAAUGUUUCACACAGAAAUCAAACCUUGUUAUACAUGAGAGAUGUCACACAGAAGAGAAAGCAUAUACAUGUUCAGAAUGUGGGAAAUCUUUUAAACAGAAAUUAGAUCUUGUUAGACAUGAAAGACGCCACAUAGGAGAGAAGCCAUAUUCAUGUUCAGAAUGUGGGAAAUAUUUUACACGGAAAUCAUUACUUGUUAUACAUGAGAGAAGUCACACAGGAGAGAAGCCAUAUUCAUGUUCAGAAUGUGGGAAAUGUUUCACACAGAAAUCAAAUCUUGUUAUACAUGAGAGAAUUCACAAAGGAGAGAAACCAUAUUCAUGUUCAAAAUGUGGUAAAUGUUUUACAGAGAAAUCACAUCUUGUUAUACAUGAGAGAUGUCACACAGGAGAGAAGCCAUAUUCAUGUUCAGAAUGUGGUAAAUGUUUUACACGGAAAUCACAUCUUGUUAUACAUGAGAGAUGUCACACAGGAGAGAAGCCAUAUUCAUGUUUAGAAUGUGGGAAAUGUUUUACACAGAAAUCACAUCUUGUUAAACAUGAAAGAUGUCAUACAGGAGAGAAGCCAUAUUCAUGUUCAGAAUGUGGGAAAUGUUUUACACAGAAAUCAGAUCUUGUUAUACAUGAGAGAAUUCACACUGGGGGAAAACCGUAUUCAUGUUCAGAAUGUGGGAAAUGUUUUUCACAGAAAUCAUGUCUUGUUAUACAUGAGAGAUGUCACACAGGAGAGAAACCAUAUUCAUGUUCAGAAUGUGGGAAAUGUUUUACACGGAAAUCACAUCUUGUUAAACAUGAGAGAUGUCACACAGGAGAGAAGCCAUAUUCAUGUUCAGAAUGUGGGAAAUGUUUUACACGGAAAUUCAAUCUUGUUAUCCAUGAGAGAAUUCACACUGGGGAAAAGCCGUAUUCAUGUUCAGAAUGUGGGAAAUGUUUUACACAGAAAUCACAUCUUGUUAUACAUGAGAGAUGUCACACAGGAGAGAAGCCAUAUUCAUGUUUAGAAUGUGGGAAAUGUUUUACAGAGAAAUCACAUCUUGUUAUACAUGAGAGAUGUCACACAGGAGAGAAGCCGUAUUCAUGUUCAGAAUGUGGGAAAUGUUUUACAGAAAAAUCAAGUCUUCUAAAACAUAAGAGGAAUCACACAGGAGAGAAGCCGUAUUCAUGUUCAGAAUGUGGGAAAUGUUUUAUACAGAAGUCACGUCUUGUUACACAUCAGAGAAUUCACAAAGGAGAGGAAGCGUAUUCAUGUUCAGAAUGUGGAAAAGGUUUUACAAAAAAAUCUAAUCUUGUAAGACAUGAGAGAACUCACACAGGAGAGAAGCCAUAUUCAUGUUCAGAAUGUGGGAAAUGUUUUACAAAAAAAUCUAAUCUUGUUAGACAUGAGAGAACUCACACAGGAGAGAAGCCGUAUUCAUGUUCAGAAUGUGGGAAAUCUUUUACAGACAAAUCACUUCUUGUUAGACAUCAGAGAAGUCACACAGGAGAGAAGCCAUAUUUCUGCGCAGAGUGUGGAAAUAGUUUUACACAGAAAUCAAGUCUUGUUACUCAUGAGAGAAUUCACACAGGAGAAAAACCAUAUUCAUGUUCACAUUGUGAAAAAUGUUUUACAGAUAACGCCGGUCUUCUUAGACAUAAGAGAAGUCAUACAGGAGAGAAGUCAUUUUGAUAUUUUAUAUGUGGAAUUUUUUUGUAAGGGAACCAAAUUCUAAAACUCAUCAGACCAGAAGAAACUAAUUUUUUGGAAUAUGGGAAAUGCUAUAAAGUCAGCCAGAUCUUGAAGCUUUGAUAUGCCAGCCAGUGAUAUAAAGUCAGGGGACCCCCAUUCUAGAGAUAGAUGCAGAGCCUAGAGGUGGGGCCAUAAAUGUUUGAAAUGAGAAUAAAGCAACUUUGCUCUUUUAAUUCAAAUGUUAUGUAGUAUUGACCUGAAGUAAAAUUGUGUGUCACUAUCUACUGCUCUCACCAUGUGCUUCCACCUGAAGCUGUGUUCAAGGAAGAAUUCAGAUUAAUGACACUCAGGGUUCCCCGAAGUUCUCGGAAACAAACCAUUGAGUGUAUUGGUGUGUUGUCAUAGAUUGGAAUACUUUUGCCCUCG